AUGGCUCCUGCGGUUGCAUCUUCACCUGCUAGAUGGCAGCCACCACCCCCAGGUCUCUUCAAACUGAACAUUGAUGCUGCCAUAGAUACAACUAAGCAUACUAUUGGUGUUGGGGCGGUUGUAAGGAACUCUUCAGGCCGUGCCAUUGCAGCUUUCUCCAUGCCGACUGUUGGUCUCUAUUCUUCGCACGAAAUGGAGGCUAAAGCUAUGUUCCUCAGCCUUAAUUGGGCUCUUCAAUUACAACUACAAGUAUCGAUUGUGGAAACUGAUGCUCUUAUGGUCUCCAAUGCUUUAAACAAUAAACUAAUGGCUGUUUCCUCUUUUAAUGAUUUGAUAUUAGAUAUUACUAGUCUCCUUUCCUUUUUCCCUAACAUAGUUGUUACUCAUGUAAAGCGAUCUGCGAAUGCGGUUGCUGAUUGUUUAGCAAAAUAUGCUCUAGGGCGGGAUGAGUCUAUCUCUUGGAUGGAAAAUUUUCCUCCAUCGAUCAACUCUGUUAUUGUAAAUGAUUAUCCUCUUUAA